AGUGCGAGGAAAAGGAGUUCAUGACUAUUUCAACAACAAAAGAACUGUCAUGAAAUCUUCAGGAAGGUGUGUAUGGGUGCCUGGGCCUGUAAUAGUUGGUGCUGGUCCAUCUGGUUUAGCCACAGCUGCUUGUCUCAAACAAAGAGGGGUUCCUAGUCUGAUAAUUGAGAGGUCUAAUUGCAUAGCUUCAUUGUGGAAACUCAAGACAUAUGACAGACUCUGUCUCCAUCUCCCUAAACAGUUUUGUGAGCUCCCUUUAGUGCCAUUCCCUGCCAAUUUCCCUUCUUACCCAACCAAAGACCAGUUUGUGGCUUACUUGGAGGCUUACACCACCCAAUUCGGUCUGGAACCGGUUUAUAAUCACAAAGUGGUGAGCGCGGAAUUCGAUGAUCAAUGUGGGUUGUGGAGGGUUAAGGCUAUGGGGCUGAAACAAGAGGAGGAGACUGAGUAUGUAUGUAGAUGGUUGAUCGUUGCGACCGGAGAAAAUGCUGAAGAGGUUGUGCCUCAAAUUGAAGGGAUGGAUGAUUUUGGUGGGCCAAUUGUUCACACAAGUUGUUAUAAAAGUGGUGAGUUGUUUAGUGGGAAGAAUGUUUUGGUUGUUGGUUGUGGGAAUUCAGGCAUGGAGGUCUCUCUUGACCUCUGCAACUUCAAUGCUAAGCCUUCUAUUGUUGUGAGAGAUUCGGUCCACGUUCUGCCUCAAGAGAUGCUAGGGAGAUCGACUUUUGGAAUUUCAAUGAGUUUGCUUAAAUGGCUUCCUGUACGCCUGGUCGAUCAAUUUUUACUCCUAAUCUCGCGGUAUACCCUUGGCGACACAGCUGAAUUAGGCCUCGCUCGCCCUAAACUCGGUCCUCUUGAACUCAAAAUGGUGACGGGUAAGACACCUGUAUUAGACAUCGGUACUCUCUCCAAGAUUAGAAGUGGAAACAUUAAGGUGUAGUUCAUUUGAUCUACAUUCUUCUUCAUAAUGUUGUAUUGAAUGAAAAAUAUGGUUGAAACAAUUUUUUUGUUUAUGAUUUCAUAGGUUUUUCCUGGAAUAAAGAGAUUAACGAGACAUUCUGUUGAG